GCAUUUCGGCUCUUCUUUUUAGUGAAUUGACCUCCACCAAUGACCACCAAUUUCACACCCAAGCCCGAGGCGACAAAUUCGCUGGUCGUCACCUUCGACCACUACAGCAAUACAGCAGCAGACGCCCUGCACGCAAAGCUCUCCGAGUGCGGCACGCUGUGGCAUUUCGCCAAGCUACCGUCAUUUGCGCGGUGUCUGGCGGUGUUCACGGAGACCGGCAAUGCGCAGACAGCAAUGCGCACUUUGAACCGCACAGCGGCCCUGGACACAAACCACAUGUACAUGUAUUAUUCAAUGCACACGUCGUUGCAGCAGGCGCAGGACAAUUUUCUACAUGUACCCGCGGAGGAGAAGCUGUGGCUGAUAUCGCCGCCGGGAUCGCCGCCGAUCGACUGGCGGCAGACGCGGGAGGAGCCGCCGAACAGCAGGCAUCUGGAGAGGGGACUAGAGCGGGCGCUGCGGGAGCUGGGGUCGGGUGGGUUUGUGCUGGAUCCGCAGGAGGUGGAGGACUAUGAGAGUGCAGAGGAGGGGCUGGACGGGUUCAGUCUGGAUGGGCCGCGGCAGCAGAUCAGCAAGGGCGGAGUAGACGAGGAGAGCGACGAGGAGGAGAUUGCAGGGGCGAUGCAGCGCAGCCGGAUUGAUGGGCGGGAGGACCAUCUGCCGACGAUUUUUAUCCAAAACUACGAUACGCAGCAGGAUGGUGGCAGGCUGCAGAGUAGCAUGCUUAUUGCGGAUCGGCCGCCAACGCCGAGCUGUGUUGGCCGGAUGUACCAGCCCACGGCGCGACCGCCAAUGUAGGGUGUUUAGAGAGGGUUCAGUAAAAAAAAGGCAGUAG